AGCCUCACUGAAUCACUGCUGGUGGGAAGGAAAGCUCCACACGCACAGGCCAGCAAAGACUGGCGCACACUGCUGAGAGAGAGUAGAGGAGAUUCACAGAGGGAAAGUGGCCAUGGACCUGAUCCCAAGCUUUUCCACAGAAACCUGGCUUCUCCUGGCUAUCAGCCUGGUGCUCCUCUAUCUAUAUGGGACCCACACACAUGGACUUUUUAAGAAGCUGGGAAUUCCUGGGCCAAAACCUCUGCCUUUUUUGGGAACUGCUCUGGGGUACCGUCAGGGUUUUUGUGAAUUUGAUGAGAAAUGUUUUAGAACGUAUGGAAGAAUGUGGGGGUUUUAUGAUGGGCGACAGCCAGUGUUGGCGAUCACAGAUCCGGACAUGAUCAAAACAGUACUAGUGAAAGAAUGCUAUUCUGUCUUCACAAACCGGCGGUCUUUUGGUCCAGUGGGAUUUAUGAAAAGUGCCAUCUCUCUGUCUGAAGAUGAACAAUGGAAGAGAAUACGAACAGUGCUGUCUCCAACCUUCACCAGUGGAAAACUCAAGGAGAUGUUCCCCAUUGUUGGCCAGUAUGGAGAUGUGUUGGUGAGGAACCUGAGGAAGGAGGCAGAGAAAGGCAAGCCCGUCAAUUUGAAAGACAUCUUGGGGGCCUACAGCAUGGAUGUGAUUACUAGCACAUCGUUUGGAGUGAACAUUGAUUCCCUCAACAACCCACGAGAUCCCUUUGUGGAAAAUACCAAGAAGCUCUUAAAAUUUUCAUUUCUGGAUCCAUUUUUCUUCUCAUUAUUACUCUUCCCAUUCCUUACCCCAAUUUUUGAACUAUUAAAUAUCUGGCUGUUUCCAAAAAGUGUCAUUAAUUUUUUCACAAAAUCUGUAAAAAGGAUGAAGGAAAGUCGCCUCAAAGAUAAACAAAAGCACCGAGUGGAUUUGCUUCAGCUGAUGAUUAACUCCCAGAAUUCCAAAGAAACGGACACCCAUAAAGCUCUGUCUGAUCUGGAGCUUGUGGCCCAAUCUGUUAUCUUUAUUUUUGCUGGCUAUGAGCCCACCAGCACUUCUCUUUCCUUCCUUGUGUAUGAAUUGGCCACUCACCCUGAUGUCCAGCAGAAACUGCAGGAGGAGAUUGAUGCAACUUUCCCUAACAAGGCACCUCCCACUUAUGAUGCUCUUGUACAGAUGGAGUAUCUUGACAUGGUGUUGAAUGAAACCCUCAGAUUAUACCCAAUCGCUGGUAGACUUGAGAGGGUCUGUAAGAGAGAUGUGGAAAUCAGUGGUGUGUUCAUUCCCAAAGGGACAGUGGUGAUGGUGCCAACUUUUACUCUUCACCGGGACCUGGAUCUCUGGCCAGAGCCUGAGGAGUUCCAUCCUGAAAGGUUCAGCAAGAAGAACAAGGACAGCAUAAAUCCUUACAUAUACCUGCCUUUUGGAACUGGACCCCGAAACUGCAUUGGCAUGAGGUUUGCGAUCAUGAACAUGAAACUUGCCCUUGUCACACUCCUUCAGAACUUCUCCUUCAAACCUUGUGAGGAAACACAGAUCCCCCUGAAAUUAAAUGGUCAAGGUAUUAUUCAACCAGAAAAACCUAUUGUUCUCAAGGUUGAGCUGAGAGAUGGGAGUGUGAGUAGAGCCUGACUUUCCCUAAGAACUUCCCCUUUGUUCUUCAAGAACCUGUGUCCCAGAACACCAGAGACUUCAAUUUACUUUGUGAGUACAACCCAGAAAUGAAGAUGGGCUUCACGUACUGCUGGUGAUGGAUGACGAGGGAUUACAAGUUUUCCUGGUAUUGCAUGGAGCAUUAUAUGUUGUGGAAUGUGAGGAAGGUGGCUAAUAAGUGCCAGACACGUAGACUCACCCUAUCCGGUCCCAAUUAGUACCAUCUAUUCCCCUGAGAACUGAUUGAUAAUAAAAAUUUCUCAACAGUUGUAUUAACAAACUUUAAUGAAACAAUAAUUUCUGUGGUGACCAUAAUAGUGACAUUCAUAUCACACAUCUUAUUUUGAAUAUUAUACAUUAACUAUUACACUGAGUGUGUCAAUCAACAUCUCUUUACCAACGUAUUAACUGAUGUCUUCCUGCACAUUAAGGGGGAAUCCAUAGAACUGAUGAGUUAGGGUCAAUGACUGGAUGUUUUUGACCAUCACAGUCACUAGGUGGGUGGGGCUUGUUCAGAAGUCCAACAUGUUAUGUUAAGGUAGGUGAGAGUCAAUACACUGUUACUUUGCCCACUUCUGAGAAAGUUUAAUUCUUCCGGUUUUGGAGCACAUAUUUUUUUUUUUAUAACACUCAAUUGAAGCAGUUUUUAUUACUAGUUUUGAUAUAGUUUUCAUCUCAUCUGCCCUGGUGUUCUGCCAGACAGGGAAUAUGCUUUUUCUUUGUGACCUAACCUCAGCCCCCUACUGUCCUAAUACAAUGAACAUCAAAUAAGAGAUGGUUGAUUGGUCAGUGGAUUGGGCAUAAAAGUUAAAAGCAUUUGUCCAAUUCAGUUGGUAUGAGAAGCUGCACAGGAUUCUUCCUUUUUCCCCCAUUUACUCCCUUCCCCUUCUUUCCUUUCUCCUCUCUUCUCUUCCAUUGCCUUUCCUUCCUGGGUAAUUUAGUUUUAAACUAACAGGUGGUACACAGGCAGGUGGGCAGCCCUACCUUGGGGCUCCAGGGCAGAAAAGGGAGUCACAAUGACUCAAAGACAGAGACAGAGUAGGGAGGGGAGUAUGUCCACAUAUAGAAGCAGCCUGGCAUGAAUGUGGGAGCCCAAGCUUAGUGAGAAGAGUGUCCACACAGAGGGGCUGGUCUUGUGAGAGCCACCACAUCCUAAAUAUGGAUGGGCAACACAAGUAGUAUGAGGAGGGGAUCCAUGAAUGUUAAGUGUUGGAGUGGGGAUUAGUUACAUAAAGGGGAACUGAUAAAAGUAAAUAUAUUAGGGAUAAAUGGAAGCCAGGUUUAUCACUGUUGGAAAAGGGAGUCACUGAUGGAAAGGGAGAAAACUGGAAUGAGAUUAUGUAUUCAGAGAUUAGAACUGAGUAUAUCAGUGAAAAAAUCCUGCUUUUCUAGAGAGGUAGAUGAUAGGUAGAUUGACUUAAAGAUAAAUAGAUGUGUGUGCGUAGGUGAAAACACAUAUCCCCUACCUUUCUCCACAGACAGUUCUUAGAAACAGUGACACUGUAAAGGCAAUGAGCACACCUUGUGCUCAAAUCUUGGCUUAUUAACAUCAUUUUCCACUGAAAGCAACUAGGGCUUUUCAGAGAAAUGGCUGAUCCAGGCUGGUGGAGCACAUGAUGAGCCUGGAGCAUCUUGUCCUGAAAAGUGAUGGGGACAUAUCCAAAGGACACAGCCCAAGAGGCUUUAUGGGCCCAUCAGGCAUGAUUUGGGCAUCAUGAUAACUAAGGACGGGAAGCGAUUAUGACCCAUUGAAUAAAACAGGAAAACACAAUUACCCACAGGUAUAAUAAAUACAGGAUUGAUUAUAAUUGAUGAGGACACUGACACAGUUUCAAAGUACUACCACUCAAACACCCAUGAGCUGCCAGAGGAAAGAGCAGCUCACAGAGAGAGACCUGGCAAAUGAAUGAGUGUCAUCGGGGAAAGGAGGAAGUGACGGCGUGUCACUUAAUAGGACUUGGUGAAAAGAACUGAGCAUCACCUCUGGGGUAUUCUUGCUGAGGAGGAAAACCUGAAAGAAAUCCUGAAAAAAAGUCAGACAAACCUGACAGAGGAGUACCUACUCCUAAUCUGUACCUGGUGUGUAAUCUUCAACAAAACCAAGGUCAUGAAAGUGAUUAAAAAAGAAGAAACAAGCCCAGAGUGGAGUCACCUGCCUGCAAAUUCCACCUCACAGCAAACCAAGACUAAUGACACUUUCAACCUAUCCCAGGAAGGUGACCUUUUACCAGUCUGUCUGAAAUUUCCUGAUGAGUCAUCUGCAAGAUAGAAACCCUGCAGGUCCUUCCCUCAGAGAAGGGGUCCUGGCCUGAAACAAUCAUUGCUUUUCCUUCUAAGUACUUCCUGCCCCACCCUUCUUCCUCUAAAACCCUGCAUCUUGUACACCUCCUGGGAGCAUCUGUCUCCCUGUCAGGUGGGAUGCUGCCAAUUCAUGAAUUGCUUAAUAAAGCCAAUAAGAUCUUCAACUUGA